AGGGUUGUGAUGCAUCUAUACUCAUUGACUCAACACAGACUACGCAAUCGGAAAAAGAUGCCGGCCCGAACCAAUCUGUUCGAGGAUUCGACCUCAUUGAUGAGGCCAAGUCAAACCUUGAGGCUGCCUGCCCUGGAACCGUCUCCUGCGCCGACAUCAUAACCCUGGCAACUCGAGACUCGGUAGUCCUAGCCGGUGCGCCCAACUACACGGUCCCAACCGGAAGACGUGACGGUUUGGUCUCCAACCCGAACCUCGUGAACUUGCCAGGCCCAUCCCUUUCUGUCUCACAAGCACUCCAAUUCUUCACAGCCAAAAAACUCACUCUCAAUGACAUGGUCACCCUUUUGGGUGCACACACUGUUGGUGUUGCUCAUUGUGGGUUUUUCCAGAAUCGGCUUUCUAAUUUCCAAGGAUCAGGCAAACCCGACCCAACAAUGGACCCAACCCUAGUUUCUAAGUUGUUCAAGCUUUGUGGGACCCAAUCGAGGCCUUUGAGUCAGGACCCAACUGCAUUUUUAGAUCAAAACACGUCUUUCAUAUUCGAUAAUGAGUUCUACAAUCAAAUUAAGUUGAAGAGAGGUGUAAUGCAGAUUGAUCAAGAGCUUGCCUUGGAUAAAGCUAGUGCUCCUAUUGUGUCGGGUUUUGCGAGCAAUGGGAUUGGAUUCCUACAAGGUUUUGCAAAGGCCAUUGUGAAGAUGGGGGGAAUUGAAGUUCUUGUUGGAAAUGCAGGUGAAAUUAGAAAGAAUUGUAGGGCUUUCAAUUGAGGAAAGCAAAAGAAAUCCAUCGCCAAGUUCAGAAAUUCCCUUAUUUUUGUGCUCCAAACAUCAACGGAUUAUUUUUCAAAUUACCAACAUUUAGUUCCUAUAUUGAAGUUUGUUUCUUCAAAGUCCAAAAAGACUUAUGUUUGAGCGUGCCUAGUGUAUUCAAUUGAAUUGAUGAAUAUAAACUUUCCAUAAUAAUCUAAGGAUUAAUUGUUCUUUAUAA